GGGAUGAACUUCGACUUAGUUGCAUCUGGAAUUUGAGCGAAGCACGCGAGACUAGUAAGGAGUCUGAAGCCAACUGUGGCGAACAGGAAACAGGUCAACCGACUCAAUCGCCAUACGGAGCUGAUUCUGUUGCUGCACCGUGGAUCCCGAUAGGAGUUAAACUGUGAUAUACUAAAGUCAAGCAGAACAAAAAAAAAAAUGGUAAAAUUAGUGAAUAUCCAAGUGAUGCUCGCAGUGUUUCUAGUGUUCACCAUUGGAAAUCAUUUCGUCGCAGCAAAUGUUCUCUUUCGACGGUUCUUCAUCGUUUCAGUGAUCGAACGGAACUGCGUCCUGCCUUUGAAGCCAGAUUGGUCGUUCUUUUCGCCAUUGAUCUUCAGUCUGGACGGAACCCUCAUCUCGACCGAGAGCGUGAGCGAUGAAACGGAGGACAUCACGCUGGCCGUUGGCGACGAAGUGCUGCUAUCAUGUGCACCCAACCACUUCCGGGAGUUUUCCUCGGAGAAGGUGCUCAAAGCAAAAUGCAAGAAGGAUAAGACAUUGGUUGUGGACGGCCAGGACAAAAAUUUCAUCUCCGAGCUAUCCUGUGAAGUUCGCUCGAUCGAAGAAAUCAUCGUUCCAGUUCGAGGUUGCCCAACCAAUGCUCGAUCCAUCGAAUAUGGCUAUACCAAUCCGGUGAACAACAGAUCUUACAUCCUUGGUGAAGCUUGCUACGACGUCAGACGUGGCCAGACCCUGUUUGUUCACACCAAGCUCAAAUCCGGAAGCAAUACGGUCGAAGCACUGGCCAUCAAAACAGUCAACAGUGCCAACUACUUCCGGAAGGAACAUGUGACCCCACGGUAUAAAGUUGAAUUGAACAAAGCUCUGAACAUCAACGAUCAAGUGGAGCGAUUCAAGGGAGUCUUCGGCAACAAGAAAAUUCCCAAGAUCGAAUCCCGGCGAUAUGUCAACGAAGACCUGCUGACACACAAACAGUACCAGUCAAUCUUGAAGCUGGCCUGGAACUAUCAAAUCGUCAAGGAUUUGUCAGCUCUGGAAAACUUUGACAACCUGAUCGACGACAUAAACGACCUAAAUGCCAAUGAAGUUGAAAUUUACACCGGUGCUCACGGAGUCCUCUCGCUGAAAGAUAAAAACAACAACGACGUUGACGUGUACCUGAAAGAGCACCGAUUCCCCGUUCCAAAGUUCCACUGGACGGUGGUGAAAUCGGAGAGCAAAGCCGUAGCGUUUGCCGUCUUCAAUAAGGCACAGCUAACGGACGCCGAACGAGUGAAAGACUCCUUCUGCAAUAGCAUCUGUGAUCAGUUGACGUGGAUCAGCACACUUCGGGAGAACAGCUCCUACAGCAAUCCCAUGCUAGGCUACGUUCUGUGCUGCGAGCUGAACGAGUUCCGCAAGACGAUAAAAGAGAUGCCUCCACUAACUGGUAUAAAGGACGUGCUGAAGUAGUGUAGCGUGGGACCCUUCAUCGGAUAAGGGUUCUCGCUGAAAGACAGUAGGCAGUCAAUUGCAUAAAAAAGCGCUGGCAUGUGAUUUUAAUUUUUAUUAUUUAAUAAAUGAAUGCGUAGGAUGUGCUCUCUUAACGAUAGGCGUAUGAUUGAACAAGUACAACAACAAGUGUAUAAUAUUGCAGUAGCUAAA